AUGCAGCGCGGUGUAGUGCGCAAGGAGUCCGGGCUCCGCCGCUUCCUCAGCAUGCUGGGCCCAGUGCAGGUGGAGCCACAGCCGUCCAACGCGCCUCCUCCGCCGCCCCCGCCGGAGCCUCCAGGACCGAUCAAGUUAGGGUUCCUGGCAGAGCUAUCAGGGUCCCGGCGCUACGCGAACAACGACCUCGUCCCCAACUCAGGAGGAGCUUCCGGUGCCGCUGACACGCAGCUAGGGGGGCCAGCAGGAGCUGCAGACGCAGACGACGGCGGGUUAUUCGGGAAUCAAGGGCUAGAAAUAGACGUGGAGAAGAUCCUAGGGCCCGCAGCUGAGCUUUCCACUUCCUUGGGAUUGCCGGCGCUGACGAGGCGCGCGGCUCAGGGAGGAGGGGGGUCGGUGGAUUUUGGGGGGGAAUUGGACGAUGACGCUCAGUCGUCGUUCUCGCUGAACCGCGCGGAAGAUGCUGCUGCUGGCUCGUUCGUGGGCUCGCACCUGCUUGAAGGACUGGCUCCCGUGGGCGAUUCUCAAGGCGGGGGCAGCAUGGAGGACGGGUUUGCAGAGAGCAGGGGAGGGGCCGGGGGCAGCAGGGCAAGCCGCGGGUCGGACGGGGGAAGCACGCCUCGCAACCACGAGAUUAUCAGGCAGGAUUCUCAGUCGCUCGUGUCUCCUGCGCGAGCAGCUGCGGGAGCCGUUGCUGCCGCUUACUCCCGCCACAGGCGCCCGGGCGGGCGCUUGAGUGAGCAGAGGGACGUGGCGGGCGCAGCAGCAGGCGCGAGCAGCCCUGGCGGAGGGAGCAGCGCGGAGGCGUCGGUUAUGGCUGUGGUGGAAGGGCAGCAAGGGUGGGAGAAGGGCGGUGGUGCUACGCCCAGGCAAAGGAGCGGGGCGGAGAGCGGAUUGGCUGCGCGGAGAACUGGUAGCGGUGUGGAUGUUGCCCAUCCUGCACUUGCUGCUCCUGGCGGUAUGAACUCUACUGCUGCAGGGGGUGCUGCGUUUGGUGUGACCAGUGGUGCGUCUGUUCAGUCGGGGUACACUGUGGAUUCGGCCGCGGCCACUGCUGGCGUCACGGCGUCAGGCGCAGGUGCAGGGGAGGAGGCUGUAAGGGACGGCCCUCCAGACGGGGGAGUGAGUCCCGUGCCUGUGAAGUCGUCCUUCUCACGCGGGUCUGGGCCGCGCUGGGACGAGCUCUCAGACCUUGGCACUGUGCGGGGCAAGCUGGACAUAGCAGCCGCGCGGCAAGGGGUGAGAGAGGCGCUGGGAGGAGACGGCUCUGAUGCCUCGAGGGACGGUGCUGGGGGUGCAGCGGACGGGGCGAGGAUUGGGGUAGGGCAGAGCGAGAGUGAGAGGGAGUCGGACAGGGGGACGUCGGCAGCGGGGAGUGUUGCUGGAGGGCAGGACGUGGGGGGUGGGUUGCGGGAGCAUGAGAGGCAGCGGGAGAAGAUGCGGGAGCUUGUGCGGGAGCGGGCCAAGGCACGCAUUGAAAAGCGGGACAGGGAAAAGGAACGGGCGCAGAGAGAGGCGGGGAGGGAGAGGGAAGGGUCUGAGGAGGAGCGGAGGCAGAAGGAGAGGGAGAAGGAGCUGAGGAAGGAGAGGGCGCAGGAGCGCGUGAGGGAGAGGAUGAAGGUGCGAGGGUUUGACAGUGGUGCGAGUGACGCUGAUGGGGCGUCCAGCGUAGGGGGCAGCAGCAGAGCAGGGGCGACGUCGUCAGCAGCUGGGGCGGGUGCGGGAGCGGGAGGGGGAGCGGCAGGAGCAGGUGCAUUGCCACUGCCACCAGGUGUGGCAGAGCGAUCAGGGUUGGAAAAGGACGUGGUUGCUCCGCCGCUGCCCAAGCUGUUCUCUGGACCCACAGGGGCAGGGUUGGCAGAGAGAAGGGGGGCGGCAGGUGGAGGGGCAGAUGAGGGGAUUCUGCCGCCACCCCCAUCGCACGUGGAUAGACUGAGGCAUGGGCAGAGCGGUGAGAGCUCUGCUGGCGCUACUGGGGAUACUGCUGGUGGUGCUGGUGGGAGCUUUGGAGUGGCAGGUGCAGGGAGUGCACGGCCUAGGCGUGGGAUACUCAGUCUGGUGCAGAAACCGGGGGAGGAUGAUUCUUCCACCAUUGCCGCAGCUGCUGCUGCCGCGGCUGCAGCAAGGGGUCUGAGCAGCGCGGAUGCUGGUGCGGGCGAGAGGGAGAGAGAGGACGGCCCACCUUCCCCUGCGUCCAGCGGUCGAAGCGGAAGCAGGAGGGGCAGUGCAAGGGAGGGCGGUGGCGGAGGAAGGGAGUACGGCCCUGGGCCAGGCAGUAUGGACGGAUCAGAAGGGUCACGAGGAGCGGCCGUCCCUGGAGCAGGGCUGGUUACAGGAAUCCCCGGGCAGGGGUAUGGGCAGGCGUAUGCACAGCAGCCGUAUCGGCAAGUGCCAGGGCUGGUUCCGGGGCAAGUUUCUGGAUACGUGCCAGGGCAGAGACGGGAUGAGCAGGGGAUGGGUAUGGACGGGGAUUCAGGGGGUGGAGAGCGGUGGCGGGGCGUGCGUGAUGGGAGUUUUGUGAGGGAUGUUUCUGUGGGGGCCGCGUUUGGCCCUGGUGGCGGCAGCAGCAGCGGAGGACCAGACUAUGCAGCUGCGUAUCCCCUUGCAAGGCAAGGCUCGGGGGGUAUUCUGAGUGGGGGUGUGGAAGCAGGUGUGGGGGCUCAACCUAUUGCACGACAGGGGUCAGCAGGCGCGUUGAAUGGGCUUGGAGCGCCCAUGGGUGGCAGCUACUACGACCUGGUGGUUCAGCAGAGGGCCAAUGCGGCAGCCAUGGCGGGUUCAGGGCCGUAUGGGGCGGUGGGCACAGGCACGUAUGGUGCUGGUGCUGCCGGUAUGGAUAGAUACGGAGCCGGGGACGCUGGUGGUGGUGGUGGUGUAGGGGGGAUGGGAGGGGUGCCAGGGGUUGGAGGACGGUACGGAGGAGUGGGGGCAGGCAUUGGUGCAGGGUAUGGGGCUGCAGGCAUGGGCGGAGGGUACGGUGCAGCAGGGCAGGGCAGCUACACGGGGUACAGGCCAGGCUUGGGCCUUCCAGGAGCAGCAGCGGGAGGGAGAGCAGGCAUGGGAGGGGUAGGAGGGCUUGCUGGUGGGACGUAUGGCUAUGGGUAUGGUGCUGGGGUGGGCCCUGGGGUUGGUGCUGCUGCCCCGGGCGGAGUCCCUGGCGCUGCUGGCUUCGGUGGUGUUGGUGGUGGUAGUGGUGGUGGUGUUGGCGGCGUUGGUGGUGGCGUUGGUGGUGGUGGUGGUGGUGCAGGCGAGACGCGUGUAGAGAUGGAGCACAGAGUACAGGUGGUAGCCAAGGUAGCAGACUGGCUGGUGAGUGCAGAUAUGGACGCGCCACCCCCCAGCCACGUGUCCCUGGGCGCGCGUGACUCGGAGUACGGUGUGAGCGCAGAGCUAGAGGACGAGUCCCUCGCAGGGUCCAUAGAGGCUGGGCGCGUGGGUGAGAUGGUGGAAAAGAUUCUGAGUGGGAAGCUGGGCGAUGGGGGGCGGAUGAGAGAAGAGGAGGAGGAGGAUGAGGAGGGAGGGUCGGAGGAGGAGGAGAUGGAGGAAAUGGAGGAGAUGGGUGAGAAGGGGGAGACGGGGGAGAGAGAAGCAAGGCCUGGUUCACAAGAGGGCAAGAAACCAGAAGAGGACAAGAAACUAAAAGAGGACAAGAAACCAGAAGUGGACAAGAAACCAGAAGAGGACAAGAAACCAGAAGAGGACAAGAAACCAGAAGAGGACAAGAAACCAGAAGUGCCACCUCCACCACCUCCCGCCCCUGCUCCUCCCCCUCCUCCACCACCACCCCCUCCUCCUCCCCCCCCGGCUCUACCUGAUAAACCCGCACCCGCCCCUCCGCCCCCACCCCCUGGUCCCAAGGGCAAGGGGCCUCCCCCUCCGCCUCCUCCGCCCAAGGGCGGUCCCCCUCCCCCUCCCCCGCCUGGAGGCAAGGGGAAGUUCCCCUUGGCGCCUCCCCUGGGGGGCAAGCGGGGUGGGCGCGCCAUAGUGAACUGGAACCCUGUGAACGCAGGCGAUGACUCCAUCUGGAAGGGCAAACUGGACAUAGGUGUGAACAUAGACAUAGGAGACCUGAAGAAGGAGUUUGAGGGCAAGAAGGUCGAGGCACCCAAGCCCCUCUUGACCGUCGCUCCCAAGAAAGUCAAGAUCCGCCUUCUGGACGAGAAGAAGGGGCGCAACAUGGAGAUUGCCCUACGCAGCAUCAAGAAGGACCCCCGCGACCUUGUCCGCUGUCUGUUGACGUUGGACGCGGCAGCACUGGGCGAGUCAACGGAGUCGUUUGUGGAGACGCUGCUCAAGUACCAGCCCACACCCGAGGAAAACAAGCUGCUCAAGGGGUACAAAGGCGACUUCGACGAGCUAGGGCCAGCUGAACAGGUGUUUCUACUGCUGCUGCCAGUGGAUCGCCUGGAGGUGAAGCUCAAAGUGCUGCGCUACCGCAUAUUCCUCUCCGAACGAAGCAAGGGGUUGCUAGACACUCUGCAGUUUGUGAUCUCCGUCUCAGAAAAGGUGCAGCAGUCGACGCUGCUCAAGACGGUGCUGCUGGUGAUUCUCAAGAUAGGCAACAUGCUCAACGAAGGCACCAGCAAAGGGCGAGUGGAGGGCUUUGCGGCCAAGGACUUGAAGCAGGUGGUGCGCACCAAGGGCCUCAUGGCUUACCUCAUCAAGGUGCUGGGCGAGGGGCAGCCUGAGCUGCUGACGUUCUGGAAGGAGUUUUUUGUGGGUACACGGAACCUGCUGGAAGAAGCGCGCAAGGUGGAGUUUGGCGCUCUACAGGAGGCCGUGACAGAGGUUGAGAAAGAGGCUGCGGCCACUAAGAGAGAGCUCGCUGCUGUGGACAGACAGAUCGAGCAGGAGAGAGAGCGCAGAGAGAAGCUGGAGGCGGAGAGGAAGGCAGAGGAGGAAGCGGAGGAGGGGGAGGGGAAGGAGGAGAGUGUGGAGGGGCUGAGUGAGGAGGAGAGGAAGAAAAAGGAGGAGGCAAAGGCGAAGAGGGCGGAGGAGGCAGCUGAGGCAGAGCAUAAGGGGAAGGAAUUGGCGUCAAUGCACGAGGCCCUGGAGCAUUUCAUCAACAAUGAGGUGGAGCCUGUGCUGUCGCAGCUGCACGACCUGCACUCCCAAAUGAAGGAGACAACAGCCUCCCUGUCACGCUACUUCGGAGGAGACGCCAAGACCGCUCCGUUCACACUCAUUGCGGAGGUGCUGAGUGAUUUCAUCGCCAAGUUUCGAACAGACGUGGCGGACUAUGAGAAGAAGAAGAAGGCCCUGGAGGAGGAGCAGAGGCGCAAGAAGAAAGCAGCGGAGGAGGAGCAACGCAAGAAGCAGGCAGAGCUGCUCAAGGAGCAGCAGCAGGCAGAGCUCCUGAGCGACGUGGCCUCCAGCAGAGAGGGCUUGAUGCGCGCGGUUAGUAGAGGCGACAAGGCCGCUGCUGCUGCAAUAGCAGAGGAAGAGGCGGAGGAGAAGGAGAAGGAGGCAGGUGGAGCGGUAGCAGGCGGGAGGGCUGCUUCUCUGUCUCGAGCAGCGGUGGUAGUGGCAACCAUGGCUGGCAGGCGCAGUGCCAUGGAUGAUGGGUCGGAGACUGAGGAUGAUGAGGAGGAGGAUGAUGAUGCAGUGGUGGUGGCAUCACAGCCAUCGCACGAGCCGGGCAGCGUGGGUUCGUCGCGAGCAUCAACGGCGGCUCUGCUGCGGGCACAUGUGCAGCAGCGCAGGGCGGUGGUUCUGUCGGAUGACAGCGAAGAGGAGUCGUCUGAUGAGGACGUGCCGCAGCAGCGUGCCGAUACAGUGUCCAUGCCAACGCCGUUGUGA